UCAUUUUCUCUUUACUUAUCACAUGCUUUGUCAGUUGAAUAAUCUAAUCUAACCAUGAUAUUCUAUGGCACAUGUGGAUCCAAUGAAGAGUAAACAAUAAUUUUGUGUGCUGUCUGCCGAACAGUCUUCUAAAAUUGUAUAAAUAGGAUACAAUUGAAUAAAAAUAGCUAGUAGAUUACAGAAAGUGAAGAACGAACAUCAAGUGCUUUUGAAUUAGGAAAUGAAAUUAAUUAUUUACCACGUGGAUUAUAAAGUGUGUGAGAAGAAUUUAGUAUAAGCAAAAAUUUGUAAAGUGCAUUGCAAUUUGGAGAAUUUAAUGCGCAGAACAAGAAGCGCAUUGACCUAAUUUGGGGUGUGGACUUCUUUGAUAUAUUACAUGUCCAGUAAGCUGAUCUGAUUCAAUUAAGUAUAUAAUUGGAGCAUAAUUGAACUCCAUUCUUGCUUCUGUUGGAGGUAUCACGAGAAGAGGAAGUGAAUUGAGUCAAAGUAACUGUUAUAGAAACUAUGGAGAGGGGGAGCAUGAAUUUAGCGAAUGCGCCGGAGGUUAAUAGCACCACCAACGGAUCAGUCGCCACGUACAAGUCGUUGCCAGAGGAUAAUUCUAAUUGGGAUACGAAAAACGAAAAUCAAGCUCAAAAAAUGGGAAAAACUGACGAAGUGGAAAUUGACGAUGGAGCGAAAGAAAAAAUGUUGAAUGAUCCAACGAGUGCUGAUCCAAUAGCAAGAACUGCUGAGAUCAUACUCAUCUCAGAAAAUGGUGAUGCAAAAAUUACCGUCAAAUCCGCGAAUGACGUUCUAUGUGGAAUGGGAAAAGAAGAGUUAAUGAAAUAUGCUAAUGAUCCAUUUUGGGUACGCUUACGAUGGGUAAUGUUCAUAGGAUUUUGGAUUUUAUGGUUUGCCAUGUUAUUUGGUGCCAUAGCAAUUAUAGUAUUCGCUCCAAAAUGCUCUGCUCCAAUACCCAAAAAAUGGUGGGAAAAAAGUCCGAUUAUUCAAAUAGACUCUUCUGACUUGGAAGGAAAAGACAUCAAAGGUGUAGAAGCUCUAUUCGACACCAUAAAGGGUAAGCAUGUUCAAACAAUUGCAUUAUCGUCAAUCCUCAAAGGCACUUCAGGUCAUGUUGAAGACUUCAAAGUCAUUAAGCGUGAAAUUGGAGACAUGCAAUUUAUGAAAGAUGUCAUUGCUGCUGCUAAACAACGUGAUCAAAGGAUCGUGCUGGAGGUUGAUCCUAAUCAUUCAUCAAUAAAUCAUCCUUGGUUCAAUAGAUCAGUAAACCGAGAAGAACCUUAUACUAAUUAUUAUGUUUGGGCUGAUGGAAAAAAUGCUGCUGAUGGAACUCGUCAACCUCCUAACAAUUGGUUAAGUGUCUAUGGAGGUUCAGCAUGGGCUUGGCAUCAAGUUCGUGGUCAAUAUUAUUUGCAUCAAUUAAAUAAAACCCAACCAGACUUUAAUUUCGAGAAUCCAAGUGUAAUAAAUGAAUUCGUUGAAAUAUUCCAAUUCUGGUUGAGCCAAGGGAUCAGUGGAUUUAGGUUGGGAAGUACUCAGUAUUUAACUGAAGAUCCUCAUCGUCUUGAUGAAAAACGUAGCUCAUUCCCAGCAGAACCCGAAGAGUAUCAAUAUUUAAAUCACGUUUACACGCAAAAUCGUCAGGAAAAUGUUAAGAUUUUGAAACUUUGGAGAGAAAAAAUUGCAAAUAUCACUAAAGAUGAUGAAUUGUUUACGCUACAAGAUGACGUGGGAGCUGAUACGUUAGCUAUCUUGAAUGAGAACCAAAGACUUAUAGAUUUACCACAGAAAUCUCAAUUUUUGAGCACUGCUGAUGCUGAAAUACCAGCUGAAAUUUUAAUUCAUGAAGUAACUGAGUGGAUUUCACGAACAAAUGUCAGCUGGCCUGGCUGGGAUGUAAAUGGAAAAGAACGAUCUCUGAGACAGCGUAUGCCUAUAAAUGUAGCUGAUAGUAUCACACUAAUGACGUUACUAUUGCCAGGUACACCGAUAUUUAAAUUGAAUGACACUUUAUCAGCUCCAACAGCAUUUGCUGCGUUGGCUGCCAAACGUAAUGAAGAAACUUUCCUCUAUGGAGAUUUUAAGGCACAUGUUAUUAAUGGAACAGUCUUUGCUUACACAAGAGAUGGGUUAAAAGGCGGACAUCCUGGAUAUUUAGUAGCAUACCAAAGCUCGAGGGAAAAUGCAUCGAUUGAUGUGUCAUCGUUGUCAGCCAUGCCUUCGGAAGUGAGCAUAUUAACUCACAGUCCAAAUUAUGUUCAAGAUGGACAGUCUAUUCCGACUAAAUUAUCAUCGGAUAAUAUUCCCAUGGCUCCAAAAAGUACAGUAGUUCUUACAUUCGUACCAGAGUCUUAAAGUGCUCGAUAAAAAAUAUUUAUAUUUAAGCAUGAAAUUUUUUUUUGUGUUAAAUGAUAAGAUACAU